AUGGGGUUGUUCAAUGUCACUCACCCUGCAUUCUUCCUCCUGACUGGUAUCCCUGGUCUGCAGAGCUCUCACUCCUGGCUGUCAGGGCCCCUCUGUGUGAUGUAUGCUGUGGCCCUUGCGGGAAAUACAGUGAUCCUGCAGGCUGUGCGAGUGGAGCCCAGCCUCCAUGAGCCCAUGUGCUACUUCCUGUCCAUGUUGUCCUUCAGUGAUGUGGCCAUAUCCAUGGCCACACUGCCCACUGUAUUCCGAACCUUCUGCCUCAAUGCCCGCAACAUCGCUUUUGAUGCCUGUCUAAUUCAGAUGUUUCUUAUUCACUUCUUCUCCAUGAUGGAAUCAGGCAUUCUGCUGGUCAUGAGUUUUAACCGCUAUGUGGCCAUUUGUGACCCCCUGCGCUAUGCAACUGUGCUCACCACUGAAGUCAUUGCUGCAACGGGUUUAGGUGCAGCUGCUCGAAGCUUCAUCACUCUUUUCCCUCUUCCCUUUCUUAUUAAGAGGCUGCCUAUCUGCAGAUCCAAUGUUCUUUCUCACUCCUACUGCCUGCACCCAGACACGAUGAGGCUUGCCUGUGCUGAUAUCACUAUCAACAGCAUCUAUGGACUCUUUGUUCUUGUAUCCACCUUUGGCAUGGACCUGUUUUUUAUCUUCCUCUCCUAUGUGCUCAUUCUGUGUUCUGUCAUGGCCAUUGCUUCCCGUGAGGAACGCCUCAAAGCUCUCAACACAUGUGUGGCACAUCUCCUGGCUGUACUUGCAUUUUAUGUGCCAAUGAUUGGGGUCUCCACAGUGCACCGCUUUGGGAAGCAUGUCCCAUGCUACAUACAUGUCCUCAUGUCAAAUGUGUACCUAUUUGUGCCUCCUGUGCUCAACCCUCUCAUUUAAGCAAAGACAAAGGAAAUCCGCCGAGCCAUUUUCCGCAUGUUUCACCACAUCAAAAUAUGA